GCGGAAGAAGUUGGUUUUCUCGCACCUAAAUCGGCUUAUGAGUCAUAGGUGUGAGCCACACCGUGCUGUGGGAAUAAAAUGGCGGGGAAGAAGAAUGUUUUGUCGUCUCUUGCAGUUUAUGCGGAAUAUUCAGAUCCUGAAUCUGAUGGCGAAACUGGAGUCGACGCUGUAGGCAGUGCGGCUGAAGAGAAAGGUGGCUUAGUGUCUGAUGCCUAUGGAGAAGACGACUUCUCUCGCCCAGGGGGUGAUGAAGAUGGUUAUGAAGAAGAGGAGGAUGAGAACAGUAAGCAGUCGGAUAACACAGAAGCAGAGAAGCGGGAUCCCCAGGAAUUAGUGGCUUCCUUUUCUGAAAAGGUCCGCAACAUGUCACCAGACGAGAUCAAGAUCCCACCAGAACCGCCGGGCAGAUGUUCAAAUCACUUACAAGAUAAGAUCCAGAAGCUCUAUGAGCGGAAGAUAAAGGAGGGGAUGGAUAUGAACUACAUCAUCCAAAGGAAGAAGGAGUUCCGGAACCCCAGCAUCUACGAGAAACUGAUCCAGUUCUGUGCCAUUGAUGAGCUGGGCACCAACUACCCAAAGGAUAUGUUUGAUCCCCACGGCUGGUCUGAAGACUCCUACUAUGAGGCAUUGGCCAAGGCCCAGAAGAUUGAAAUGGACAAAUUGGAAAAGGCCAAAAAGGAGAGAACGAAAAUUGAGUUUGUAACAGGCACCAAGAAAGGCACCACAACCAAUGCCACGGCCACCACCACCAGCACUGCCAGCACAGCUGUCGCAGAUGCCCAGAAGAGGAAGAGCAAAUGGGACUCGGCCAUCCCCGUGACGACAAUAGCGCAGCCCACCAUCCUCACCACCACAGCCACCCUGCCAGCAGUGGUCACUGUCACCACCAGUGCCAGCGGCUCCAAGACCACUGUCAUUUCUGCCGUGGGUACCAUCGUGAAGAAGGCCAAGCAGUGACCAGAGGACACCCCAGGACUUGGCAGGACUGUGCAACCCAGUAACUUCCACCCACUGGGAGGUGCCUUUGUUUGGGACUGAUACGCACUCCCCACAUGCCUUCCAAGAGGAGCCUCGGCAUUCCAGCCGGAAGGACGUCACAGCAGAGGCAGUGUGUGCAUUGGACAGGGUCUGUGCGCACACCUCUUGGGUCUCACCCAAUUAAAAGUACUGCUUCUUGGGUCCUGGCAUGUCAGGUGCACUGGCCUCUCCCACGCUGCAAACCUGAAGCUCUAGUGCCCUUCGUAACAGUCAGGAUUGUGGCUCAGGAUGAACAAUGGCCGACAAGCCACGGGAGUACUCAGAGGGGUAGCCCAGGGAGCUGCCAUGGUCAUUCCCAGUGUAUGCCCAGGGCGUGGGCAGGUGGGAGCUCAAGGAGGGGCCACACACAUAACCUUUCCUGUUGUCUAUUUUCCUAUUCUCCUGAUCCAGAAACCAGUUCUGAACAAUUCUCCGGCAAUAACAGAGGCCGCUGCUCUCUUGGGUGCAGUUAAACACUCCCCACACUGCUUAUGAUACACACCCAGGCUUUUGAAAUCAGGCCAGAUAACAGAGGGCUGGGUGAUUCCCAACCUGCCCAGGGCAGGAGCAAAGUGUGGGCACCUGGCCAAGGCCGCCCCAGCCCCUCAGUGCCCAGUGAGUGUGGCCAGCAGGAUCCACGCAGUGGGGGAGAUGAAUCACCUCCUGCUCUGGCCAGGGCUGCCGCUCAUUGUUUGUGUGAAGGCGCUGCUCUGGGGAAGGUCUGCCACCCCGCCCUUCCUAUGUUGUUAUCUCUACCCAGCAGCAGCCCUUGGUAGCACCAGCAGCCACUCUGUGGGCCCAAACAUUCGCCAGCCCGACACGGAGGGAAGCUUGUCUUUCGUGCCCUCUGGCAGCUCUCCCUCCCAUUCAGCGGAAGGACUGAGUGUCAAAGGAGGAAGUGGGGCUGUGAAGGAUCCCACUCCUUCCAUGGGACCAACAGAGAUGGCCUCUAAGGUUGUGUUGGGUAUUUGUGAAAUACCCUAAAAUGAAAACCCUGUCACUACUGUCGUCCCCUUCUGUCCUUGACUGCAUGUGUCCCGAGCACCUCCAGUAAGGUCUACCCUGCAGGAGGCUCAGGACACCCAGGUCUGAGUAGGCACUUUGGGAGAUGAACCAAGGACGCCAACACCUUGGCUCCAGUCCAGUCUGCAGCAGCCCUGAACCAGUCCUGUGGAGCCUCGGAAAACACUACCUAAGGGCUUCGUGAGGGGCCUGAGCUUCACAAAGCUCAGCUGAAACCAGCCUCAUCCCCACCAAGAACUAAUUAGAUAGGGUCUCCUGAGCGGGUCUUUGAACGUCUGAUUCCUGCCUUUGCUUCCUGAGUGCUGGGAUUGUGAACAUGAAUCAUCACACUUAGUUUAUAUGGUCUGAGGGAUCGGAUCCAGGACUUCCUGCAUGCUAGGCAAACGCCAAGUGAGCUACAUUCCCAAAUUCUACCAGGGAUCUGUGGGGAUGGGAUGCUGGGGACCUGGCUGUUUGCUGGGGACCUCCAGACUCUCAACUGCUGCCAGUUCAGUCUCCUAUCCUGUACCGAGGGAUUGCUGCAACCCACGUUUAUGUAAUGUGUGUCCCACUGUUACCCUAAUCGACAGAAUCCUCCUCGGGCACGCUCAGAAGCUGGGUGAUCCCCACAGGUGUACCUGGAGGCUUGUGACCCAGAAGUCGAGUGGGCGAGGGCCAUCACAGAGUGGUGGGCUGCUCAACACCUCAGGUUGUGAUCACCUGACUCCCUUGACACUGCUUGCCCCAGGCUCUUUGUGACUGGCUUACCAAGCCUUGCCAGUGGUCCUGUGCUUUAGGCAAGUGAUGGGCAGGCCGCUGCUGUUUUGUGCUUUACACUUUUAUAUAUUAGAGUCGUAGUGUGUAGUACUUGGCAUCCAACCCAGGCUCCCUGUUCUACCACUGAACUAAUCCCAGGUUCCAGGCCCUUGUGAAGAGGAGAGGUUCAGCCCAGAGUAGCCUCAAGUGAGUCUCCUGCCCCUGCCUUCCAAGUCCUGGAAUUACAGGUGUACCUCCAGACCUGGUUUGGUUUUGUUUGUUUGUUGGGGGCGGGGGUGUUAAGGGUCGAGACAGGAUUUCUCUAUCACAGCCCUGGUUUUCCUGGAACUCAUUCUGUAGACCAGAUCCUCCUCCAUCUGCCUCCCAAGUGCUGGGAUUAAAGCUGUGCACCACCA